AUGAUAUGCCCGAGCGGUGGCAACCAGCAAGGCUUCGUGCAGGCUGGCGGGCAGAUGAGCCCCAGCAUGGGGAAUCAGCAGCCGAUGCAGUUCGCAAGCGUGAUGCAGCCGGACGGCAGCCAGGCCAUGUUCACAGCCGUGCCGCAGAUGAUGGUCGUGUCUCCAACGAACGCGGGCAUGCAGUUCGCCGCGAUGCCGCAGAUGAUGCCCCCCGCGGGCCAGAUGCAGCCGAUGAGCCCGCAGAUGGCAGUUCAGUUCGUCGGCCAGGGCCCGUACCCGGGCGGCGAGGCGACACAUGGAGCCGCAGCGAAUCCGAACAUGAAGGUGGCUGAUGACACGAAGGGAGUGCAGGAACCGAUCGGCAACAACGCGGAUGGCGGCGCCGACGAGGGGUCGCCUCAGGCGCCCGUCUCGGAGGAGUGA